GUACAUGUUAGUAGGUGUUCCUGAUGUACUCCGUAGUGGUCCCCUCUAAAUUAAGCUGGCUCACUUGCCUUUUGCGUUGGCAUGUAACGUGUCUCGGCUCCCACGAGGCGUACACUGUCUUUGACAGCCACCGAGGGUCGUAAGGAUGGUAGUGCUUUGCAAGUCCUGAGGACUCCCAAGAUCGGCCCUCCCCAGGAACUACAAAUAUGUCGCGAUGCCACGGUAAUAAUGUCUGCCUCGUUCUUGGGCUCACCACGCUUCGACUUGGGCAUUCCGGACUAACAGUCGCCUACCAUUCCUUUACACACAUAGCCUAUCAUUCAGGCACAUACAUUCUUUAGCUUUGAUAGCACCAUUCUUUAUUCUAUAUAAGCAUGCAUUUCACCAAGGUCUCCGCUGGCGUCGGUCUCCUUGCCGGUGCCGCGACGGCCCUGCCUACUUCUCUUCUUAACACUUCUCUCAAGACUCGACAAAGCUCGAGCGGUUUAAACGUUGUGUACUGGGGACAGAACGGAGGAGGUACUAUUGAGAACAAUGAUCUCUCGGCCUAUUGCACAAAAGACGCAGGUAUCGAUAUUCUAGUGCUGUCUUUCCUCUACCAAUGGGGCAAUGGAAACACUAUCCCUUCAGGCACAAUCGGCCAGUCUUGCUUCAUCAGCAAUUCAGGAGAGGGCCAGAACUGCGACGACCUUACGUCAGCCAUUAAGACAUGCCAGGGCAACGGUGUCACAAUCAUUCUUUCUCUUGGUGGCGCUUCCGGGGCGUACUCAUUGUCAUCGGCAGACGAAGCUAAAAAAAUUGGUAGCUACCUAUGGGAUGCAUAUGGCAACUCCGGUAACACGGACGUUCAACGGCCGUUCGGUGAUGCUUUCGUCAACGGAUUUGAUUUUGACUUGGAAUCGAACAGGGGCAGUGAAUAUUACCCGGAUAUGAUUUCUACGCUGAGGGAGAAAUUCGCCUCGGACUCGGGCAAUACAUACUAUAUUACAGGUGCACCGCAGUGUCCUAUCCCUGAGCCAAACAUGGGCGUUAUAAUUGAUAACGCACAAUUCGAUUAUAUCUGGCCUCAAUUCUAUAACAACAACAACUACACCUACCCGUGCGCCCUACCAAUCAACGGCAACGCACCAUUUAACUACGAUGAAUGGCUAGAGUACACAGCCGGCACACCCUCAGCUGAUGCCAAGAUCUUCGUUGGUGUCCCCGCUGCUCCCCUCGGCGCCAACGGCAGUCCUACCGGCGAGACCUAUUACGCGAGCCCCGACCAGCUCGCGGAGAUCGUCGAGGGUGUCAAGGGCGGGUCUCGUUUUGGGGGUGUCAUGAUGUGGAGCGCUGGCUUCUCUGACAGCAAUGUCAACGACAACUGCAACUACGCUCAGCAGGUUCGCAAAAUCCUUGACACCGGUUCACCUUGCGGUGGUGGUAGUGGUGGCGACAACCCACCGUCGUCCUCCACUACCGCCGCGCCUACGUCGACCACUACUUCCUCUGGCAUUCCGACCUCAAUGCCAGGAAACUCGACGGUCAUACCCACUGGAACCACUACAUCCUCCGCGCCCUCUUCAACCGCCACUGGUACUAUUCCCCAAUGGGGUCAGUGCGGUGGCAUCGGCUACACAGGCCCAACUGAAUGUCAAUCUCCCUAUACUUGUGUCAAAUCCGGCGAGUACUGGUCUCAGUGCCAGUAG